GGUAAAGAGAAACUGAAGUGUAGUUGAGCUGUUGUGUGUUUGUGUCUCUGUAUUCAUGCAGUAAAAUGGCAGAAGACAGAAUUUCUCAGGAUGCGUUCAGGUGUCCAGUGUGUCUGGAUCUCCUGAAGGAUCCAGUGACCGUUCCCUGUGGACACAGUUACUGUACGAGCUGUAUUACAGGCUGCUGGGAUCAGGAGGAUCAGAUGAGAGUCUACAGCUGCCCUCAAUGCAGACAGACCUUCAGUCCAAGACCUACUUUAGCUAAAAACACCAUGCUGACUGAAGUGGUGGAGAAACUGAAGAAGCGUAAACUACCUGCUGACUGUUACGCUGGAGCUGGAGAUGUGCAGUGUGAUGUCUGUACUGGAAGAAAACACAAAGCCAUCAAGUCCUGUCUGGUGUGUCUGAACUCUUACUGUGAGAAUCACCUUGAUCAACAUGAGAGUUUCUUUAAAGUAAAGAGACACAAAGUGACUGAUGCCACUGGACGACUACAGGAGAUGAUCUGCCCAAAACAUGAUAAACUCCUUGAGGUUUUCUGCAUCACUGAUCAGAAGUGUAUAUGUGUGCUGUGUAUGGAUGAACAUAAAAACCACAGCACUGUAUCAGCUGCAGCACAGAGGACAAAGAAACAGCACCAGCUGAAGAAGACGCAGAAGUCGUUCCAGCUGAGGAUUCAGCAGAAAGAGAAAGAUCUUCAGCAGGUGAGAGAGGCUGUGGAGUCUCGUAAGCGCUCUGCACAGACAGCCGUGGAGGACAGCGAGAAGAUCUUCACUGAGUUCAUCCGCUCCAUUGAGAGAAGGCGCUCUGAGGAGACACAGCGGAUCAGAGAUCAGGAAAAGACUGCAGUGAGUCCAGCUGAAGGACGACUGAAGCGACUGGAGAAGGAGAUCAAUGAUCUGAGGAGGAGAAACGAUGAGCUGGAGCAGCUUUCACACACACAGGAUUACGUCCAUUUCCUGCAGAGUUUCCAGUCUCUCUCAGCUCCUCCUGAAUCUACAGGCGUAAAUGAUGAGCCCUUCAGUCCUUUCUCCUCUAUUGAUGGUGUGAGAGGAUCUGUCCGACAGCUGAAAUACAAACUGGAGGAUUUCUGCAAAAAGGAGCUCAAGAAGAUCUCUGACAGAGUCACUUCAACCAACAUUGUUCCCAGGACCAGGUACGACUUCCUACAAUAUUACCAUCAGCUCACUCUGGAUCUGAACACAGCACAUAUAUACCUGCGUCUGACUGAGGAGAACAGAGUGAUUGUCACUAACACAGUCCAGCCAUAUCCUGAUCAUCCAGACAGAUUUGAAGUGUGUCAGGUGUUGUGUAGAGAGAGUGUGUGUGGACGCUGUUACUGGGAGAUUGAGUGGAGCGGGCAUCAUGGUGUGUAUAUAUCAGUGUCAUAUAAGAGCAUCAGCAGGAAGGGAAAGGGUAAUGAGUGUUGGUUUGGACGUAACAACCAGUCUUGGAGUUUGCUCUGCUCUUUCUCUAAUACCUCAUUCAGACACAAUGACAUAGAGACUAAACUCCCUGUAGAGUCUAUCAGCAGUAGAAUAGGAGUGUAUGUGGAUCACAGUGCAGGAACUCUGUCCUUCUACAGCGUCUCUGACACAAUGAGCCUCAUCCACACAGUCCAGACCACAUUCACUCAGACGCUCUAUCCUGGGUUUAGGGUUAAUAUUGGAUCAUCAGUGAAUCUGUGUUGAUGAAUCAGAUUAGACUAGAGAGAUUCUACCCAUAAUGCUUUUAGCUGCAAGAUACAUCAGUAACAAUGAGAUGUUAAAGAGUCUCUUAUUUUCUCUUUAUUACAUUAAUACUACAGCUGAACUAAUACUGUCAGAAAAAUAAUCGGUCAAAAUACAGUGGUGAUCAGAAUUAUUAUUUCUCCAAACUCAUCAGGCAUUAUAGGAGAAAACUCAGAGCUGUUACCUUGGCAAAAGGAGGUUGCAAAAAGUACUGAAUAAAAGGGUGCCAAUAAUUGUGGCCAACGUGUUUUGGAGAAAACCAUUUAUUAAGAGAAUAGCAUCAAGUUAAUUAAACUCCUGGGAUAUUGAUCUGGUCAGCUGAAUAGCAGAGGGGGUUGUUAAUCAGUUUCAGCUGCUUUGGUGUUAAUUAAAUUAACAACAGUUGCACUAGAUGGUCAAAAAUUAGAUGACCCCCCCAAACAGGAAUGGAUUUACAGGUGGAGGCCACUGACAUUUCUUUCCCUACUCAUCUCUUUUCUGACUGUUUUUCACUAGUUUUGCAUUUGGCUAUGGUCGGUGUUACUACUGGUAGCAUGAGACAGAGGUUGC